AUGAAUAAACCACUUGGGAGGGUGCGAGAACAUAUGGAAAUGGUGUUUGCAAAAAGAAGUGCAACCUUCGCUCGUUCGAAAAACGAACUGCAAAUUGUUCGUUUGUGUAAACGAAUUCAACAAUUACAAUAUCAAUAUGAACAAAAGGGGGACCGAAGACCAAAUGAUGCCCGUUAUCGCCUUUCCAACCGACCUGUUGGAACACGUCUUUCCAAAAUGAUUUGGUGCUCAGGACCUUUUUCUUCCUCGAAUAGGGCGGAUUCUGAGAUAGUUCUGAGCGGCACACUUUAUCGAAUUCGCUUUUUGAGAGUUUGCUAA